AUGGAUCCACUGGCUCCCAAUACUCAACAUCGAUUUUUUUCAGUCGGUUCAACUUAUGAGCAACUGACAUCGAACACGAAAGCUGAGACCACCCAUGGUAGAGAAACGAAUAGCACUUUCCAACAUAUACCGUCGAUAAAAGAUCGGACAGGAUCAUCAUGUAACUGGCGGAAGACUAUGGUCAUUGUAUGUAUAAUCUUUACCAUCAUCCUUGUAAUUGCUGUGAUCAUCAUUCCAAUAUAUGUCGUUCGUCUUAUCGCUUCAGAAACCGCGACAGCAUCCACGACUACCGCUAUCUCCUUACCCAGUCAAUGUUCUAACUACACACUCGACACAGAUGCAACUCGCCUUACAUCGUAUAGUGCCACAUCAUCUGCUUGUGAUAAUAGUUUUUCUCCCGGAACAAGAUAUUGUUCAAAAAUAUACACGAGCGGAACUUUCUUCUUAGAAGUAGCAAUAUCUCAACCAAUCUCUUGCAUAUGUGAAUAA